CUACUUUGACUACUGGGGAAAAGGAACAAUGGUCACCGUGACUUCAGCAGUGCAAGGUCCCCCGCAGUCCCUGUUUCCACUGUGGCAGUGCGGCUCAUCCACGGACGGUUACGUCACUCUCGGCUGUGUUACACGUGAUUUGGCCUCCGCCGACGGACUGACCUUUACAUGGAAAGAUAACAGUGGAAAGUCGUUGACUGACUUCGUGCAAUACCCUGCGGUACAAGCAAACAAAGGAUACACCUCAGUGAGCCACUUGCGUGUCAAGGUUGCCGACUGGGACCAGAGAAAGAAGUACGAGUGCGAAGUCAAAAAUAGUGCAGGAUCCAAAAAGGCAAACUUGUUGAAGCCAGAAGUGGUCGAGCUCCCUGCAUCUCUGCUUCUAACAGCUCCAACCCAAACAGAAAUAGACAAUGGAACAGCUACCUUCGUCUGCAUAGCUACAGAAUUUUCGCCUAAAAAACACCAAUUUAUUUGGACUCGUGAUUCCAAGGACCUCAAAGACAAGGUCAAACCCACCAUAUUAAGCCAGGACAAAAGUUCCUUCACAGCUGUAAGUGUAUUGGAAUUGAACAGCAAUGAAUGGACCGGCUCACAAUCUCCAGUUAAGUGUGAAUUUAAGCAGAACAAAUGGACUCAGACUAAAGAGGCCACUUCUGUGGCUGUUGACGUAAAACAGCCAGACGUGAGCAUUAUUCCACCUUCCACCUGGGACAUGCUGAUCCUCAGAAGUGGCGAUCUCGUGUGCACAGCGACUGGAAACCCUGGCUUCAAGGACAUUAAAUGGUUUAAGGGCACUGAUGAGAUCGCUGCAUCAAAGGAAGAGGGAAUAACCACAGUCAAAGCCACCGCCAAAAUCAAUUACACUGAGUGGAGCAAUGGCGCCACAUUCACCUGCCAGGUGUUCCAUAAAGAUUUCGUCCUAUUGUCCAAAGACGUUGUUUACAAAAGAGAAAAUGGCAAGAAGGAAACCCCCAAAGUUUAUUUGCUCCCUCCACCAGAGAGUUCAGAGGGCAGGUUGACCCUGACUUGCUAUGUAAAAGGCUUCUACCCUAAGGAGGUGGCUGUGUCUUGGCUUGUUAACGAUGAACAAGUGGAUUCAGAUUCAAACUACGUGCAGAGCACCACUAAUGCUAUUGAGAAAAACAACCUCUUUUCGGUUUACAGCCAGCUUAUUUUCGAUGCUGCACGCUGGAAUGAUGGCUCUGUUUUCACCUGCAGGGUUUUCCAUGAGUCCAUUGAGGAUCCUGUGCGCCUCCUAUCCAGAUCCAUCACUAACAAUGCAAACCCACCCAGCAUAGUGAAUCUUAGUAUGAAUGUUCCCUCAAACUGCUGCAAAAAGUAUUGCCUGAUGAUAUUUGAGAACCUUGACCAUGAGGUGGAAGUGGAUGAAGAUAACAUGGCAAACACUGCCAUAACAUUUGUAUUUCUCUUCCUCUUCACCCUCUUCUACAGCAUCGGAGUGACUGUUAUCAAGCCAGUGAUCGUGGUUGUUGUUAUCUCACUGUUUAUAGAGGUGACUGAGAUUAAGCCCAACAUCACCAUCAGCAGCAGGACAGCAGAUGACAGUGUUGAACUGUUUUGUUGGUUGGAAGGUUUUUCUCCUAAAAAAAUCGAUGUUAAGUGGAACAAAGAUAAUAACCCGUUCAGAGUUCAACCAACCCUGGAGAUAUUCGAGAAUUUUCAAGGAAGGCCAAAAGUCUUUGCUGCACUGAGCAAAGUCAGCAUUAAUGCAAAUGAAUGGAGUACAGGCACAGAAUUCACGUGUACGGCUACUCAGAAAACCAAGACCUACAGUGAAUCCUGGAACAAUUGCAAAGCUAAACCAACAUCGACACCACGGAUCCGUCUGGAGAAACCUCGCCUCGUGUCAAUAUUGACAGGAACACCUGUUACAGCCUCUUGUUUUGUUGAAACUGAGUUGAUCCCAAAAGUGUUAUGGUUUGUAGAUGAUAAGGAAAUAACAGAGAAAAUCAUUACUGAUAAACAGCAAGAAAGGACAAUUAGCAACCUGACUAUAAGUCCAGAAAAGUGGAAAACUGCAAAGACAAUAACGUGCAAAGCGUCACAUUCAUGUUUUAAUUCUACAGAAAAGAUCAGUUUUUCAGAACCUAAGAAAUCUCCUACAGUGGUCAUCAGGAGGAAUCUUGAAGACAUACAGAAGGGAGACACUGAAGUGUUGGAGUGUACCGCAACAGACCUGCCGUCUGGUGAGCUCCUGGUCACCUUCCAGGCCAACGGCGCCAAGGUCUCUGAAGAUCAAUAUGUGAUUCUGCCCGAAGGCCUGGACUCUCUGACUAGACGUUUCACUGUUCCCACAACAAACCAAAAAAAAGAUAACAGUUUCUCAUGCCAGAUUCAAAGCCUAUCCGGUUCAUGGAAAUCCAAUUCAACAGGAAACAUUUUUGGUGACCCUUCAGUGGACCUUUCAGCGGUUACCAGUGUGGAUAUAAAAGGAUCACCGACUCAAAAACUUCUUUGCUCUGGAACUGGACUUAACCCAACUAUCACUUGGACUAAAAUUCUGACUAUUGCUCAUAGUAUGAGAACAAUGGAAGCAGAUGGACGUGUUAAAGUGAUCAGCGAAGUAAUGGUUCCACAGCAAGACUGGACUAAAGGGGAAACGUUUACAUGCCAAUUCAGAGAUCAGAAUAAUCUCAAAGAGAAGAGCAUCAGUAUUUGUUCAGUGAAUCCAGAAUUCGUUCAGAUGCCACAGGUUUACCUUCUGGCUCCCUCCAUCAAAGAUAUGAGAGAGAGUAAGGUUUCCGUCACCUGUCUGCUAUUGGGCCACUAUCUCGAUGUCUUCACCAUAAGUUGGAAAGUAGGAGAUAGAAGUAACUCUAAGGAUGCGACAAAAUCGCCCACCAAAGUCAACAAAAAUGGAACUGAGAGUCUCUCCAGUGUUCUAAAGGUUGCGAUUACACAAUGGAACAACUACGCAACUGUUGACUGUGAGGUCAAACACCCCUGCUUCAAAGAGCCAACGAAAUACAGUAUCUCCAAAACCAGAGAACCUAAGAAAUCUCCUACAGUGGUCAUCAGGAGGAAUCUUGAAGAUAUACAGAAGGGAGACACUGAAGUGUUGGAGUGUACCGCAACAGACCUGCCGUCUGGUGAGCUCCUGGUCACCUUCCAGGCCAACAGCGCCAAGGUCUCUGAAGAUCAAUACGUGAUUCUGCCCGAAGGCCUGGACUCUCUGACUAGACGUUUCACUGUUCCCACAACAAACCAAAAAAAAGAUAAAAGUUUCUCAUGCCAGAUUCAAAGCCAAUCCGGUUCAUGGAAAUCCAGUUCUACAGGAAACAUUUUUGGUGACCCUUCAGUGGACCUUUCAGCGGUUACCAGUGUGGAUAUAAAAGGAUCACCGACUCAAAAACUUCUUUGCUCUGGAACUGGACUUAACCCAACUAUCACUUGGACUAAAAUUCUGACUAUUGCUCAUAGUAUGAGAACAAUGGAAGCAGAUGGACGUGUUAAAGUGAUCAGCGAAGUAAUGGUUCCACAGCAAGACUGGACUAAAGGGGAAACGUUUACAUGCCAAUUCAGAGAUCAGAAUAAUCUCAAAGAGAAGAGCAUCAGUAUUUGUUCAGUGAAUCCAGAAUUCGUUCAGAUGCCACAGGUUUACCUUCUGGCUCCCUCCAUCAAAGAUAUGAGAGAGAGUAAGGUUUCCGUCACCUGUCUGCUAUUGGGCCACUAUCUCGAUGUCUUCACCAUAAGUUGGAAAGUAGGAGAUAGAAGUAACUCUAAGGAUGCGACAAAAUCGCCCACCAAAGUCAACAAAAAUGGAACUGAGAGUCUCUCCAGUGUUCUAAAGGUUGCGAUUACACAAUGGAACAACUACGCAACUGUUGACUGUGAGGUCAAACACCCCUGCUUCAAAGAGCCAACGAAAUACAGUAUCUCCAAAACCAGAGAACCUAAGAAAUCUCCUACAGUGGUCAUCAGGAGGAAUCUUGAAGAUAUACAGAAGGGAGACACUGAAGUGUUGGAGUGUACCGCAACAGACCUGCCGUCUGGUGAGCUCCUGGUCACCUUCCAGGCCAACAGCGCCAAGGUCUCUGAAGAUCAAUACGUGAUUCUGCCCGAAGGCCUGGACUCUCUGACUAGACGUUUCACUGUUCCCACAACAAACCAAAAAAAAGAUAAAAGUUUCUCAUGCCAGAUUCAAAGCCAAUCCGGUUCAUGGAAAUCCAAUUCUACAGGAAACAUUUUUGGUGACCCUUCAGUGGACCUUUCAGCGGUUACCAGUGUGGAUAUAAAAGGAUCACCGGCUCAAAAACUUCUUUGCUCUGGAACUGGACUUAACCCAACUAUCACUUGGACUAAAAUUCUGACUAUUGCUCAUAGUAUGAGAACAAUGGAAGCAGAUGGACGUGUUAAAGUGAUCAGCGAAGUAAUGGUUCCACAGCAAGACUGGACUAAAGGGGAAACGUUUACAUGCCAAUUCAGAGAUCAGCAUAAUCUCAAAGAGAAGAGCAUCAGUAUUUGUUCAGUGAAUCCAGAAUUCGUUCAGAUGCCACAGGUUUACCUUCUGGCUCCCUCCAUCAAAGAUAUGAGAGAGAGUAAGGUUUCUGUCACCUGUCUGCUACUGGGCCACUAUCUCGAUGUCUUCACCAUAAGUUGGAAAGUAGGAGAUAGAAGUAACUCUAAGGAUGCGACAAAAUCGCCCACCAAAGUCAACAAAAAUGGAACUGAGAGUCUCUCCAGUGUUCUAAAGGUUGCGAUUACACAAUGGAACAACUACGCAACUGUUGACUGUGAGGUCAAACACCCCUGCGCCAAAGAGCCAACGAAAUACAGUAUCUCCAAAACCAGAGACCCCAAAUCACCCACCAUCCGAAUUCUCAGUCCUAGUGAAGACGAACUGUCUGGAGUUCACAAUACAAGUCUUAUCUGCUUUGUCGAGGGAUUUCACCCAGCUGAUAUCUCUGUGCACUGGGAGCUGAAUGGCAUCCGGCUUGAAGCAUCCCGUUUCAGCAACAGUCCAGUCAGCAUGCAAUCUGAGAGGGCUGCUUAUUCCAUGCACAGCAGACUGACAUUACCAACGUCAGAAAUGGAAAAUGGCGAUUUUUCUUGUGUGGUUAACCACGAGUCAUCUGAAACGCCGAUCAAACGCACAAUAAACAACAUAUACGCAUCUGUAAUGCAACAAGCUCCCUCUGUGAAGCUGCUACAGGGUCAAGAUGAGCUGGUGUGUCUGGUGAACGGUUAUAGCCCAUCUGCCAUUAACAUCACAUGGUUGCGAAAUAAUGAUACUGUAAUACGUGAGAACAAUACCAGCAGCUCUGACAAAGGGCCUGAUGGGAAAUUUAACAUUCGAAGCCACCUCUAUAUCCAGGCCAUGGAAUGGGUACCUGGAGACAAAUACACGUGCCAGGUUGAGCACAUCACUGGCAUUAUCUCUCGCUUCGUCUCUAAAACAGAAUUUAUAGAAAAGACGAUAUACUAUGAUGAGAACAAGGCUGAACCUGCAAUAAUGGAUCAGUCUGAGGAAACCUGGAACAUGGCCUGUGCCUUCAUCAUACUCUUUAUUCUCUCUCUCAUCUAUGGAUGUUCAAUGACUCUGGUCAAAGUGAAUACAAAAUGAAAAAAUGAUCAGCUGAUUAAAUGAAUGCUGUUUUGCUAUGUUGCAUUUGCUUACAUGAAAAAUAAAAAUAAUUUUUAAGUUGA